AUGCACAGAACUUACUCUUUAAGAAAUUCAAGAGCUCCAACUGCUUCCCAAUUAGCUUCUCCUCCUCCACCUCCUUCAACCACCAAAUCUGGUCGUUUCUUUGGUAAAGGUGGGUUAGUUUCAUCUUUAAGACGUCAAACUGCUGGUCAAUUUGGUCCUGAAUUAUCAAGAAAAUUAUCUCAAUUGGUUAAAAUUGAAAAAAACGUCUUGAGAGGUAUCGAAGUUGUUGCUAAUGAACGUCGUGAAGUUGCUAAACAAUUGUCAAUUUGGGGUGAAGAUAAUGAUGAUGACGUUUCUGAUAUCACUGAUAAAUUGGGAGUUUUAAUUUAUGAAAUUGGUGAAUUGGAAGAUCAAUUCAUUGAUAGAUAUGAUCAAUAUAGAUUAACUAUCAAAUCUAUUCGUGAUAUCGAAGGUUCUGUUCAACCUUCAAGAGAUCGUAAACAAAAUAUUACUGAUAAAAUUGCUUAUUUGAAAUAUAAAGAUCCUCAAUCACCAAAAAUUGUUGUUUUAGAACAAGAAUUGGUUCGUGCUGAAGCUGAAUCUUUAGUUGCUGAAGCUCAAUUAUCAAACAUCACUAGAGAAAAAUUGAAAACUGCAUUUGCUUAUAAUUUUGAUUCUUUAAGAGAACAUUCUGAAAAAUUGGCCUUAAUUGCAGGUUAUGGUAAAGCUUUAUUAGAAUUAUUAGAUGAUGCUCCAGUUACUCCAGGUGAAACUAGACCAGCUUAUGAUGGUUACGAAGCUUCAAAACAAAUCAUUAUCGAUGCUGAAAAUGCCUUGGCCUCAUGGACUUUAGAAAAUGCUGCUGUUAAACCAACACUAAGUAUUAGAAGAGGUGAUGAAGUUUAUGAUGAUGAAGAAGAUUUAGAAGGUGAAGAACAACAUUUGGCUCAAACUGAACAAGAUUGGGCUGAAGAUGAACAACAUCAUCCAGUUGCUGCUUAA